UUUACGUAUAUAUAUAUAUAUAUAUAUAUAUAGGAGUGAGGAGUGAGGUGUAGCUACUUGUGAAAUCUACGGCGCCAACAGCUGAAUUUGCAGUGUUCUCUCCGGGCCAGAUUACAGAAGAAGUGGCCCGACAGAAUCAGUAAUUGGUGAUGAAAAGCAGAAUUGUGAUGGAACUCACAACAAUGAAUUUGAUGGCUUGUGGUGCACUGGUCCUCCUGUUUUUCGCAUCAGCGAACGCACAAAUCUCAAGUCCAACACCAGCACCGGCACCGGCGCCGGACUAUGUCAACCUCACUGACUUGCUCUCUGUGGCUGGCCCAUUCCGCACUUUCCUCAACUAUCUUCAGUCCACCAAAGUCAUUGAGACUUUCCAAAACCAAGCCAACAACACCGAUGAAGGAAUCACCAUCUUCGUGCCCAAAGACGAAGCCUUUUCUUCGCUCAAGAAGCCGUCUCUCUCCAAUCUCACGCAGGACCAGAUCAAGUCUCUAUGCCUUUUCCAUGCGUUGCCACAUUACUAUGCUCUGGCGGAUUUCAGGAAUCUCAGCCAGCAAAACCCCAUUCAAACCUUUGCUGGUGGCUCUUAUGUAUUGAAUUUUACGGACAAUUCUGGGACAGUGCGCUUGGAUUCCGGAUGGACCAAGACCAAAGUCAUCAGUGCAGUUCACGCCACUGAUCCUGUUGCAAUCUAUGAGACCGAUAAAGUUCUGCUGCCUGAGGUCAUCUUUGGGACUGACAUACCACCAACUCCAGCUCCAUCUCCUGCUCCAGAGAUCGCGCCUGCAGCCGAUAGUCCAGAUGAUAGAGGAAAAAGCAGUGAUUCCUCAUCCCCAACUUCUGCACCUUCGUCGUCUCACAGGAUUCUCUUCAAGUUGAGCCAUUUGAUCAUGUCGUUGAUCAUCGGUAGCUACUAUACAUUGUUCUGGUGAGCGCAAAAGGCAGCAGUUUGUUGAGAGCAGUACUAUUACUUAAUUUAAAUUUAUCAUCAUCAUCAUCACAUCCACUUCAUUUUCUUUAUUAAUUACUCAAUAGCGCUAUUCUUUGCCCUCAAUUUCCUUGCAUCAGUAGUAUCUCCUAUUCCACCCUGUUUGAAAGGCUUGCGAUGUAUAUGAUUAUGCUCCGAUGCUUUACAAGAGGAUGUAAUAAAACAUGAUAUGUGCUGAUGAAGGUUUCGUUGUAUUCUCUUGAUUGAUU